CAUUGUUUGAAGGCGGGGAAGUGAGGCAUUCCUCGGAGAAGUACGGCUGUAAGGAACUGAGCCGACUCACCGGGACUUCACUUCAUUUAUACCGGUGUGCUUUCUUGGACCUUUCGUCUUCAUUCGGGGCUCGUAAGAUCCUUGCUCAUCAAGCUCACAAAAUCAACAUUCCAAGCCAAAAAGCAAUCCACAAAGCACUACCUACCAAGCAGCCAAAACAACAAAAGAUGGUUUUUUUCUCUGAUCCUGCCGCUUCCAGUGUCGCUCAAGAUGCUACUAGUUUCUUUGCCUUGGACGGAGGCGAUGAAACCUGCACAGCACCUCGAAGGAAAAGCAGCCUACGCAAGCUCAUGGAUUUCUCGGCUGCCUCCAACUCCUCCGAACUUGGAAGCACAAAAAGAUCUUCUCGCAAGUCAAAGAUUCGUCGCAGCCAAUCUACUGUCAGCAAGAAUUCCAAUAGUGCCGAUAUGCAACAACAUCUCGAGGCGAUGGAAGCAUUCUGCCAAGCCUUGCAAGAUGUUGGAAGCAAACAACGAAACAAGAUCCUUCGCCAGUCCAUGAUGAGGGCGCACUCCAUGAGAAAGCUUGUUUCCGCAUAAUUGCAGCUACUGUGCGCCUUCCCCCUUUGAUAGAUUGUUCCAAUAACAUUACAUAUAAGUACGAACCAGUUUUAUUUCCA